CGCUAAAUCAGUAACCAUUGGUGGCGGAGAGAUUCGUGUCCAUCACACUACGUCGUUUAAAGUGGGAGCUGAAGGACAUAGUGAAGAAACUCUGGGGUUUUAGGCCAAGCUCGAAGGAGUAGCUGAAGCUGAUCGAUCAUAGAAGUCAUGGCGGAUCCCUACUACAGAUACAGUGCCGCUGCAGACAGAGGUUUUUAUUUUAUAUGCACCCCGAAACAAGUGUAGAAAAGAGCAUUGCAUUCCAGUGUUCCGAGGCCCAGCUUUCCCGACUACAUGUCAUCUGAAGCACCACCAUUGGGAUCUCAUCCUUUAUUGGGCUCUACAGUUAUGAUUGGUGCUUCUCCUGGUUUCCUGCAUAAUAAUAUAAAUCCAUUGCAACCAAGUGCAUAUCGCUUUGAUGGCAUUUCAGGUUUUGGAUCUUCUCCAGAUCUUGGUCUUGGUGGUGUAACAGCAGGGGCUAGCAUUAGGCACUAUCCAUCUCCUCUUGAGAAUCUAAACCAAAGAAGGGAUGUUGGGCCAGGAAUUAGCCCUGAUGUUCUUGACAUGAGCAAUGAGAUACCGAACUCUUCGAAAAAAGCCGAUGGUCUCCCAGUUUCAGCUAGGGAACCAAACUUUCUGUUUGUUGAUAAACUCCCAACUGACUGUACCAGAAGAGAAGUGGGCCAUCUUUUCCGUCCAUUUAUUGGCUAUAAAGAUGUUAAAGUUGUGCACAGGGAGGCCAGACGGAGUGGAGAUAAGGCUAGGGUUUUGUGCUUUGUGGAGUUCGUUGAUUCUAGGUGUGCUCGGAUUGCUAUGGAAGCUCUUCAAGGUUACAGAUUUGAUGACAAGAAACCUGAGUCCCCUGCCUUGAAGAUCCAAUUUGCACAUUUUCCAUUCCGUCCACCAUCUGAACCAUCCGAUCACGAUGAGAAACAAAGUGGGUCCUAGACUGACCAGGAGGACAUGACCGAGAUGACAAAACACUACAUGGAAGAUGUGCCUUUCCAUUCUGAACUGUGUAGAUGAGCUAUUACAGCAAUAGGUACAGAAUUCUGUUGGAUAAAGACGGUUCUAGCUUUGUCAUGUGAAUGCAUAUUUGGUGGUUGAAUUUUCAUUACCAUCUGUACUGAUGCUACAACAUUGUAGUCAAAUAAAGAAGUAAGCUCAGUACUGCUAAAUAUUUGACAAUUUUACAUGUGAAAAACUUAAUUAAUUCCACCUUUUUUGAGGAA